AUGGCAAUUGCAACAAAACCGUGCGAACAGCAACAAUUUCAACAGCAAAUUAAAACCAAAGAAAUUAAGAAAAAGUUUAAAUCCUUAUAUCGUCAACAGGAGCAACAACAACAACAACAGCAGCAUCAACAACAACAACAGCAGCUGCAACAACAGCAGCGAUGUCAGUCUCCACGACAAGAGCACAAGACUCAUCAACAACAGCACAAUUGCCAAGAAAAACUUAAUAAAAACGGCAACACACAGGAUGUGAUGGUUACUGUUGUUGUGAAUGAUGUUGCUGUGGUGAAGAGUGUUGCAGAAAUUUUGCAAAGAGAAGCGGAACAACAACAACAACAGCAGCAGAAAGCUACAGAUUACUACAUGUUCAAUGUUGACGAUGAGCAAAAGACGCAUCACCACCAGCAACGGCAACAACAGCAAGAACAUCAACAGCAGCAAGAACCAAGCAAUAACUAUAGCAGUAAUAAGAUUAGGGUCCAAAGUCACGAAUUGGAAGACGAUGAAGUUACAAUUGUAAAUAAUGGAAUGCCAACAAAUAAACUACAACAGCGACAACAAAAACACCAACAAUAUCAACAACAACAAGAAUAUCAGCAACUAAAUCAGCAACAACAAUAUCACAAUUAUCAUUGCCCUACUGGGAAAUCAUGUAGUUGCAGCUACGUGAAAACUUCCGGCACUGCAAUGGCAGUGACUAAGACAGCAAUGGGGGUUGCAAUGUGCAACAACAGCAAUACAAAUAAUAACGUUAGCAGCGACAACAACAUAAAUAAUAGAAAGAACAACAACAUAUGUCUCAAUCUCAUGCAGCAGCAGCCACAACAGCAGCAACAAUAUUGCAACCACCCACAAGAAUUGAAAAAGGAUUAUGCCAUAAAUGCAAAUAACUUAAAUUAUGAAAAUGUCAACAAUUACCAAAUGGAUAAAUUCUUUUUGGCUUGUAUUCCAUUGUAUGACAGCAAUAUAAAUGCAGAACAAGCAACUUCACUAGCAGCAACAACAACAACAACCAGAGCAACAACAAUGACAUCUUCAACUGCAGCAGCAGCAGCAGCAGCAAACAAACAUACGGAAACGGAAACAACAGUUCCAACUGAAAAAUUUGCAAUAUUUCUGUGUGUUGCCACAGCCACUGCAAUUCCAGAUAGAACAAAUAGUAAUGCUACUCAACGUAAUUUCACCUCUGUUGACAGUCGCCAUUUUGAAACUAUAAUCGAAUCGCAACGCACCGGUAUUAAAUGGUUUGGUCGUUCGCAAUCGCUGAUGAAGAGCUGGUACGAAAUCGAAGCCGAAGGACAUUUUCUUACACACGAAAUACCCGCACAGCUCAAGGAUUCUGAUGCAUUGGAAAUUGUCAUCAGAAUAAAAUAG